CUCGUCCUUGUCAAACCUCACUGUGGUCAUUGCGAACCGCCUCGCCUGGCUGACAGGAGUAGUAACGGCAGAGCCCACAAUGGAGGAAGCCUGUCACUUAGAGUCACUGCAGCUCUAGAGCAUGUGAGAAACGUAUUUUAAAAGGCACCUUCAACAUUAGGACACAUUUCCAGUCAAGACAUUAGCUCAUGGUUAACAUUUGCAGUACGCUGUUACCGAGAAAAUAGACGCGAAUUAAACGGCGGGCUAACGGCUAGCUUACCUUACUUAACCUGGUAUUUGGCUAACUUAGAAAUAACUCCUGAAGAAACUGCUAACGGCUGGAAAUAACGCGCCAGUAGAGGGGAUAUCAAAACGUGACAGCUCUUGAUGCCGGUGUCGGCUUUAUAAGCUUCUAGCCUCCUGUACUCCCCACCAGCAUCACCGCUGCCACCAGCGGUUCAAUUCAUGAGCGUGCUUGGUUCAUAAUCCUCGGGGAUGGGGAGUGGAGUCCAGGAACAACGGGCAUCACUCACACAGGGUGAAGUGCUCCCACUGGCUUCCUCCAGUCAGUCAGAGGGGAUGAAACAGACUCGGUCUGUUAUCAACUCGCUCUUUUCGGGGGCUUUAGCAGGAGCUGUAGCCAAGACAGCUGUCGCCCCAUUGGACAGAACUAAAAUCAUCUUCCAAGUGUCUUCUGCAAGAUUCUCUGCCAAGGAAGCUUACAGGUUGAUCUACCGCACCUACCUGAUGGAGGGCUUCUUCAGUUUGUGGAGGGGAAACUCUGCCACCAUGGUGCGAGUCAUCCCGUACGCUGCCAUCCAGUUUUGCGCACACGAGCAGUACAAGGGCCUGCUGGGAGGCUACUAUGGCUUUCAGGGAAAUGCCCUACCUCCAGUCCCAAGGUUGCUGGCUGGGUCCAUGGCUGGUACCACUGCCGCCAUGAUGACAUAUCCUCUUGAUAUGGUGCGUGCGAGGAUGGCUGUAACGCCAAAGGAAAUGUACAGUAACAUUCUGCAUGUGUUUGUGCGGAUCUCUCGAGAAGAGGGCAUGAAAACACUGUAUCGAGGCUUUACUCCCACCAUACUGGGUGUUGCCCCCUAUGCUGGCCUCAGCUUCUUUACCUAUGAGACACUGAAGAAGUUGCAUGCAGAGCACAGCGGCCGCCAGCAGCCCUACUCAUACGAACGCCUGGCUUUUGGAGCCUGUGCAGGUCUCAUCGGCCAGUCUGCGUCUUACCCUCUGGAUGUAGUACGGCGGCGGAUGCAGACUGCGGGUGUCACAGGUCACACGUACCGCACCAUCCUGGGGACCAUGAGGGAGAUUGUGUCCGAGGAAGGGGUUAUCCGCGGACUCUACAAAGGUCUCAGUAUGAACUGGGUUAAAGGACCUAUUGCAGUGGGGAUUAGCUUCACCACCUUUGACCUCACUCAGAUUCUCUUGAAGAAGCUUCAUCAAAUGGGUUAUACUACUCCAUAAUAAUGACAAAGAGAGUUGAAAAUGGGGGUAGAGGGUUGAGUAGAUCCCUGUAAGCCCACUCUGGUGAGACAGAAGAGGAAGCAAGAGUGAAAAAUGGGUAUUGCUGGUUAAAAGCAAAUAGCACAGUGGCUCAGGAUGCGUGGGUAAUAAAAAUUUAUUCUCUCGCUUUGUCUGUGUGUAACAGAGGUAAGUUGGAUAGUACGCCUUGUUAUCAUGUACAUCUAAGUGCAAUAUCAUCAAUACGUUUGUGUGUACACAUGAAUUGUAAUGUUCCUACCCUCUCAGUACAUUUGUAAUCCAGAGAGUUAAAAGGUACACACACACAGCUGCCAUGUGUAUCAUUUUAAAUCUUUUACUUUCCAGUGCAAUGCUGGUUUCCACUCAUUUCCCAUGAGUUUUAAAAAAUGCAUUCAUUUAAUAAGAGUAAGAUAUGCCCUUGUUGAGAUUUGUUUUGAGGAAAUUUAUUUUAAGAAAAUGUACCAAAGGUUAUGACGUUAGUUAAUGCAAAUUAUAUGCCAUAAAUGGUGUUGUAGUAUGUUUAAGUGUGAUAGCAGCUUUGUAACUGCUAUCAAAUGGUUUGAUUUAGUUUGAGCUGAAAUAUUAAAAGCUCACAGUCUAGUGUUUUUUUCAGUGGCACUCCUGAAGAUUGAAUUCACAGUUUUAUUAGUUGUUUAGUUGUGUUUUAUGGUGGUGCCAACAAAAAAGAAUUACCAGUGCCCAUAGUGUUUUUUAGAAAGUUUUCAUCACAUAUCGAUUGUUUUUCACUUUAAUCAUGUCAUAGGCUUUAGAUUCAUAUCUGAAGUAUAAAUACAGAUACUACAGUUACUCCAGCUAAACUAUUGGGGCCUUUUCACUGCUGGAACCACUUCCCCUAAGAACUAGGAACAUUUGGGAGGCUGUUUUGGAUGUUUGUUUUUUUCUUUCUAAUAAGCUCUGAAACAUCAAUGGAAAAGAGAGUAUUGUAGAAACACAGACAAGUAACAAUAUGAAGGAACCUUGUAGUUCUUUGGGAAAAAGUUCCUGGGACUCCAGCGUCUCAGUUUUAGUGGAAAUAUGCUUAUUGGUUCUCAGCCCUAAGUAACGCACAUCAAGUAGUUAGGUCAUCCCCCAAAUGUGAGAUGUUACACACUGAUAUUUAGAAAGAACAGCUAAACAUGUACACAGCCCUCUUUGUGACGUUUACAGUGUCUCAUUGUUGCUGACACAGUCUGAGAGGUGUUGCUUUUACAUAUGUCAUUUAUCUGUGGUGGUGUUUUUAAAAAGUACAGUAUAUCAAGAGGCAUUUUUAUAUCUUCACCCUCAUAUGUGUCGCUGAUGUUGGACACACACAAAGUACACACAUUACACAAAUGUGUCUUCCAUUUGCUGCCAGCGUGACAGCUGUGCAGUCUGUCUCUUCGCUGCCAUUCCCGGCUGUUUUGUUUUUGAAAACAUGACUUGACACUAGACUGUGACAUGUCACUGGAAUGACUUUAAAUCUCCUGGUUAGGGAGGAGGACUCAGUGUAGAGCUUUUAGCAGUAUUUGCUAACUUGACUGGAAAUAUGCAAACACAUAGUGAAGAGAUCAUUUGAGUUCUGUUACAAAGAUAAUUUAGUUCUCAGUAUUGUACUUUACCUCAGCACACAAUCACGUGUUUUUCUAAUCGUCACAUAUCAAUUAGAAGUGUUAAUGUAGAGUUGUGGCAGCAGAUGGGACUUGGAGCUUGUUUGAAUGAUGCAGAUGAACAUUUUGACAGUACUGAUGCAGGCUCAUAGAAACUGAGCAGUGUCAAUAGUUUCUAUACUUGGACCUUACAUACCAAGGCAGAACGGCUGAGCUGGGUGAGCAGAUGAGUAGAGCCAAGCGGAGCAGAGGGCAUGAGGUGUCAUCUGUAACAGGAAUAAGAAGCAAGGCUUGUGACUGAAACUCAGCAGUGAAUUUGAAAGAUUUAUAUUUUUAAAUAUGUACAAUUGUUUAAUUGAUGGGCAGCACGGUGGUUAGCACUGUUGCCGCACAGCAAGA